AUGGCGCGCGUCCCACAGCUUCUCUUGGACACGCUGGAUGACAUGGUCGAUAAGGAGCUGAGGACCUUCCGGUGGUUUCUCUACAGCGAUGUUCUCCAGGGGUUUGCUCGUAUUCCAAAAAGUCGUCUUCAGGAAGCGGACAGGCCCGAAGUUGUCACCCUGCUGGUGCAAACGUACGGCUAUGACGAUGCUGUCGCUGUCACGGUGGAUAUACUGCGAAGGAUGAGGCUCAACCUGCAGGCAGAGACACUGAAGGAGACGUGUAAUGAAGGGGUGGAUCACUUUGUAAUCCAAGAAAAAGUGAAAUCAACCCUGAAAGAAAAAUGCCAAAACAUUUACGAGGGGAACACCGAUGAAGGAGACACCGUCUACCUGAACAAGGUCUAUACAGAGCUGCAUCUGAUAGAGGGCGCCUGGGGAGGAGUCAGCGAGGAGCACGAGGUCAGACAGCUGAGGUCAAAUCAAACAGCAGUUGACGAAUUAUCUGUCAAACUCUGUGAUAUUUUCAAAAACCGGCCCGGUCAGGAGAAGAGGAUCAGAACCGUGCUCACACAGGGCAUAGCCGGAGUUGGGAAAACCGUCUGCGUGCAGAAGUUUACCCUAAGCUGGGCGGAAGGAGAAGAAAACCAAGAUAUCAGCUUGCUCUUCCCAUUGCCGUUCCGUGAGCUGAAUCCCAACAUCAGCAGGGGGAAAUGCAGCUUGAUGGGGCUUCUGCAUCAGUUCUUCCCCGAAACUAAACAACUGGAGACACUGGAGGCUGAAUGCAAAGUCUUGAUCAUCUUUGACGGCCUGGACGAGAGUCUGCUCCCUCUGGACUUUAAAAACAACCAGGUCCUGAGGGACCAGACCGAGCCAGCCUCACUGGACGUACUGGUAACCAACCUCAUCACAGGAGACCUUUUGGGCAACGCCCUGGUCUGGGUCACCUCGCGGCCAGCCGCGGCCAAUCGCAUCCCUCGGAAGUACAUCCACCAAUGGACGGAGGUUCGGGGAUUCACCAAUGAGCAGAAGGAGCAAUACUUUACGAGGCGUUUGGGGGACGACCAGGCUGUCAGGAUCAUCAACCACAUGAGGUCAUCGAGGAGCCUCUACAUCAUGUGCCACAUCCCUGUGUUCUGCUGGAUCACUGUCACUGUGCUGAAGAGGAUGCUGCAUGGUAAAGUGGGCGGAGUCAUGCCCAGCACCCUGACUGAGAUGUAUGCCUAUCUGCUCCUCUGCCAGAUAGGCCGGAUGAGGGAAGGUGACUACCCUGUGCGGAGCGACAAUAUCAUUCUGAAGCUUGCCGAGUUGGCUUUCCGCCAGCUGGAGAAGGGCAAACUGAUCUUCUAUGAAGCCGACCUGAAGGAGUGCGGCAUGGAUCUGAAGGAGGCCACCGUCUAUUCUGGCAUGUGCACGGAGAUUUUUGUGAUGGAGGGUAGGAGAAGGCGAGAGGUCUUCAGCUUUGUGCAUCUGACCAUUCAGGAAUUCCUGGCGGCGGUCUACGCUCAUCAUGCAUACUUACACAGGAAGGAAAACGUUCUCCUCAGUUACAUGAAAAGAAUAUCCGCAAGAUGGCUUCCCAAGUCCGUCUUCGGCUUCCACAAGACUGCAAUUGAGAAAGCUUUGGAAAGCAAGAACGGCCACUGGGACCUCUUCCUGCGCUUCCUCCUGGGCCUGUCGUUGAGGUCAAACCAAGAGCUCCUCAGUGGAGUCUUAAAUGUGAACAUUGGCGGAGAGGAGGAAAUGGAGAGAACUAUCAACUUCAUCAAGGAGAGGAUCAAAGAGGAGCCUGAGACCAAAAUCAACCUUUUCCACUGUCUGAGCGAACUGAAGGACGAGUCUUUCGUGCAAGAGAUCCAGAGUUUUUUGAGCUCUGGGAGACUUUCCUCAAAGCAGCUGUCGCCGGUCCAGUGGUCGGCGUUGACCUUUGAACUGAUGACUUCCGAGGCCACACAGGGAGAGUUCGACCUUAAAAAGUUCAUAAAAUCAGAAGAGGGCGUAAGGAAGCUCCUGACAGUUAUUACUUCCUCCACACGUGCUCUGUUAAAUCGAUGCAACCUCACAGAAAAGUGCUGCCAAGAGCUGGCCUCGGCUCUCAGCUCAACUUCCUCUCACCUGAAAGAGCUCGACCUGAGUGACAACAGCCUGAAGGACUCAGGAGUGAAGCUGCUCUCCGAUGGACUAGUGAGUCCACAAUGUAUACUGGAGCUCCUCAGAUUACGUAAUUGUAAGCUCCAAGGGGAGUGCUGUGAAAUUCUGGCCCUGGCCCUGAGCACGGACUCCACCCGACUCAGAGAGCUGGACAUGAGCACCAACGACUUGCAGGGGGAAGCAGUGAAGCGUCUAUCUGCAGGACUCUGCAGCCAUCACUGCAAACUGGAAGCACUGAGGUUAAAUCGGUGCAAGCUGAGGGAGAAAUGCUGCCAGGAUUUGGCUUCUGUUUUCACCUCGGGCGUCUCGCAGCUGAGGGAACUGGAGCUGAGCAACAACAACCUGCAGGACUCGGGGCUCAAGAUGCUUUUGGCUGGACUGAGGAGUCCACAAUGUAGACUGGAAACUCUGCGGCUCAGUAGGUGUGGCCUCACGGAGAAAUGCUGUGGUGAGGUGGCCUUGGCUCUCACCUUGGCCACCUCACAACUUAAAGAACUGGACCUAAGCGGCAAUGUCCUGCAGGACCCAGGUGUGGACCUGCUCUCCGAGGGCUUGAGAAGUGCAAACUGCAGCCUGGUAACACUGAGGUUGAACGACUGCAAGCUGCAGCAGUGCUGUGGGCAGAUAGCCGCAGUUCUCAGCUCCGGCCCUUCUCGCCUGAAAGAGCUCGACCUGAGCGACAACGAGCUGCAGGACACAGGGGUGAAGCUGCUGUCUGUGGGACUUGGAAGUAUCCACUGUCAACUGGACACACUAAGGUUGUUGUUCUGUGACGUCUCCGAGGAUGGCUGUGUUCACCUGGCGUCAGCGCUGAGAUCCAACCCGUCUUCCCUGAGACGACUGGACCUGGACUACAACUACCUGAAGGACUCAGGAGUCCAGCUGCUGUCCGCUCAGCGUGACGACCCGCUCUGUAAACUGGAGGCACUCAGUGUGGACCAUAAUGCAGAGUGCUACAUGAAAUCAAGGCUUAAAAACUACACCUGCGAGCUUACGCUGGACCCCAACACAGCCGCCGUGUCUCUUUUCCUGUAUGAGGGGGGAAAGAGGGCGACGUGGGUGAGGGAGAGGCAGCAGUACCCGGGCCACCCCGACCGCUUUGAGAGCGUGUCGCAGGUCCUGUGUCAGCAGGGCCUCACCCAGCGGCACUACUGGGAGGUUGAGUGGAAAGGACGCUGGGUGGAUGUUGCGGUGGCAACGAGAGGCAUCCGCCGGCGGGCAAGUUCCCACCUCUCUGGGUUCGGCUACACGGAGCAGUCCUGGAGUCUGUACUGUUCCGAGGAUCAUUUCAGCGCCCAGCACAACGGCCAGAACGUCGAGAUUCCAGCUGCACCCUCCUCCGUCGGCUCCCACAGGGUGGGUGUGUACCUGGACUGGCCGGCCGGCACCCUGUCCUUCUACUGUGUGUCGGCCAGCAGGCUGACCCACCUGCACACAUUCCACACCACCUUUACUGGGCCCCUCUAUCCAGGGUUCGGGAUGGAGGAGGACGACUGCAGUGUGUUCAUUUGCCCACCGGAGGGCACACAGUAGUGUUGGCGUUUCAUUCUGUUUCGUUUCCCGUUCUGCAUCGUAUACAGCCAAUGAGAAUUGUUCAUUUUCUUCAUUUCGGGGUUG